ACCACUGUUGUUCAAGUGUAUAUUUGUUCCGUACAAAAACAACGUAAGAAGUAGUGACCAUAAAAAGGAACCAGCACACCUGGAACAGGUUGGUUACUCUCGAUACCAAUCCAAGAGAGGCAGCCGCCGCAGAGACCCCCACAAUCGCCGCCGCAGCCACCGGUGUAUUGCAACCUUGCCCCUGCCUGAAAAUGAAAGAUUGUUUAGCGUGUUUCUCAUGCUGAUCUAAGGUGUGGAGAUAAUUGAUUCACUUUGAUGGAGUUUUUUAUUAGUGGAGGAGUAAGAUAUUUGGCUACCUGAAUCACUCUUUACUUCGACAAAGGAUUUUGGCUAGUGUGAAUGGGAAGUAUUUGACUGCUUCCCAUAAUUCACAUGCUUGCUCUGUAAAUCAACUUAUCAUUUUGCCUCGGGUUCAGACUUACCUAAAGUGAGGCAGUGUUUGUUUGCAAAGGAGAAGAGAGAGUUACUGUUCUGUAAUGACAGCUUCUGCAAAACUCCUUGCUCUUGACAAGCCCUCCCAAAAUGAAAACUGGACAGUUGUAAUGCCUCGUCGAGGCAAAAAGAGAAUACAUUCCCUAAGACAUAAUACUCCAGAAGCAGAACAGCAGCCAUGGGUUCCUACUGAGCUUGAAUCCGAUCCAGAAAGAGAAGCAAAGUUAAUUCAAAAGAUGGAAUUUUGUAUCAAGAAAGUUGAGAGCUCUCGAUUCUAUCAGAACUUUUUGGAGCAAGUAGAAAAUCCUGAAAUCCUGGAUUCUUUUCACAGGGUGCUGGGCUUUGAACUGAAGAUGCCGAUGGUGAUAUAUGGAAUUGGCAGCAUUGAAUCAUAUGAAACCCCUCGAUUCCAGCUUAGUCUUGCUAUCUUGAUGAAAAGGAAGUUUUGUUGGAUUGGGGACAUAGAGGUUUUUGACCCAAUUCUUUCUGCAACAGAGUCUCGGGUUCUGGAAUCCCUUGGUUGUUCUGUCCUGUCUGUAAAUGAGCAAGGUCGUAGACGUGCUACGAAGCCAAUGCUUUUUUACAUGCCACAUUGUGAGGCAGGGCUAUAUAACAAUCUCUUACAGGCAAACUGGGAAUUGGAACUGCUUAAUCAUAUUGUAUUAUUUGGAAAUAGCUUUGAGAUGUAUGAGUUCUUUUCCGAGAUCAAGAACUCCAUUGUUGUGGAGUCAACAAUGCAUGUUUUGGCUGCUCGAAAAUUUGCAAAUGAGUAUGUAAUCAAGACAGCUUCAGACGAUUAUUUUGCUGCUUUUCAUGAUUCAAGCUGGCAUUUUUUCAGCCCUGCUCUUGAUACAGAGCUGCUGCUGGUUAAAAAUUAAUUCGUGUGCAUGUAAUGUGCCUCAGACACUGCAUAUAAAUUGAAACUUAAGAUUUUUCUCGAUAGUUCAA